UGAAGAAGCUCCAUGAGCAACUAGUAAUAGCUGGUUAGUUAACUGCGGGUUAACCUCAAUUAUCAGCCCGGUUAGUUUUAAUACAUUUCAAAUAAAUGUCCGUACGCUUUUAUUACUUUUCCACAACCACUUGUGAAAAAUAUGGCACCCAAGAAAAAGGCUCGAGUUGCAGCGAAAUCCGGUCAGAAACCUAAGGUCUCUGGAGAUUCGGCUAAGGGUGCUGCCAAUCAGGAUGGAAGUCUUAAAAGAAAGACAACAGAAUCUGCAAAAGAGAAAAAACCUGCUAGCGGUUCAUCAGACGCGGUGUUCACUCACUGGUUGAUGAAGUCUGAACCUGAGAGUCGCAUUCAGAAAGGAGUGGAUGUGAAGUUCGGAAUUGAGGACCUUAAAGCUCUUCCCAAGCAAACUGGAUGCUGGGAUGGAGUACGAAAUUAUCAGGCCCGGAACUUUAUGCGUGAUAUGAAAGUGGGCCAGCAGGCUUUUUUCUACCACAGCAACUGUAAAGAACCUGGCAUAGCUGGCAUCAUAAAGAUAGUGAAGGAGGCGUAUGUCGACCAUACACAGUUCGACAAGAAUGAUGUGCAUUAUGAUCCAUCCAGCAAACCUGAGAACCCUAAGUGGAGCAUGGUGGAUGUCCAGUUCGAGAGGAUGACCAAGCGCUUCAUUCCAUUGGCUGAGCUGAAGAAAUACCACCUGAAGCACAAGAGCAGUGAUGGGCCUCUCAGAAACAUGGCCCUGUUCACCAGAGCUCGACUUUCAGUUCAACCCUUAACUGCAGAGGAAUUUGACUUUGUCUUGAGUCUGGAGGAUGCGGAUCCAAUAUAACAAGGACAAAACUUUGGGGAUCAGGUUGUAAAAUAUCCUUUGAUUAAUAAAAACGUUGUCUUGGAAGAUU